UGGAUGUGUUCUGUUCAUAUCAGAUCAACGUCCUGCAGGUCAACGCUCUGAUAACCAGCUCUGGUCACAUGGGGGCAGCGUCUGCUCUGAGUGGUUCACUCAGCAGGAACAUGUUCACAUGUGGAAGAGGAAGUGAGGAGAUGAUUUCCUCUUGUUUAUCAGCAGAGAACAACAGAGCAACAAAGACGUGAGUUCAUCAGUGUGGUGUGGCCUCUCUUCACUGAGAUCCAGGAACUGGCAGAAGUGGCCGAGCCAGUUCUUCUCAGAGCAGAGCAGAGGGAACAUUCAGGGAGACGCUCUGGAGACAUGGCAGACACAGCAGCUCCCACCUCCACUCAGCAGCCGGUGGCGGCCUGCGGGCCCCCCACCUGCACCUCCUGCCUCGGGGACAACAGUAAAGGAUGUCCACAGUGUCUGAAGACUCCGGACAAGCCUCAGCCGACUGAGGGUCUCAAGCAGAACGGAACAGAGACUCAGGUGAGCAGAGAGGAAACUCCAGACACCAAGACAACAGAGGAGACCAAGAUCCAAGACGACCUGAAGGAGUCCGAGGUCCCCAAGAAGCUGGAGGAGGACAAGAAAGAAGCUCAGUCCGAUGAGGAGAAGAAGAGUGAAGCUAAAGAGGAGGUGAAGGAAGAGGAGGCCAAGGAGGAGGCCAAGGAGGAGGCCAAGGAGGAGGCCAAGGAGGAGCCCCUGGGCCCCGACGACGUGGUGUGCGACUCCUGCAUCGAGAGCCCCUGCAGGGCCCUGAAGUCCUGCCUCACCUGCCUGGUGUCCUACUGCGAGGCCCACCUCCGGCCUCACCUGGAGAACCCCAAGUUCCAGAACCACCGGCUGGUGGAGCCGCUCAGGGACAUCGAGAGGAGGACCUGCGAGAGCCACAAGUGGCCCCUGGACAUCUUCUGCUGCGCUGACUCCUGCUGCAUCUGCCAGGACUGUGUGACCGAGGAGCACACGGGCCACAACACCGUCCCCGUGGUGGAGGCUCGCCGGCGGAUAGAGGGGGAACUGAGGGAGAAGCAGACGGAGAUGGUGAAGACGGUGACGGCUGCAGAGAACGCCAUCAACAAGCUGCAGCUCAACACAGUCUCCAUAGAGCAAUCGGUGACGGAGGUGCGAGCCGUGAUCGAGAGCCAGUUCGAGGAGCUGCAGGCGGUGAUGGAGAGGGCCAAGAGGGAGGUGACGGAGAUCCUGGAGGGCGAGGAGAAGCAGGCGCUGAAGCAGGCCGAGGGCAUCCGGGUCCACCUGGAGCAGAGGUGCACGGACCUGAAGAAGACUCAGGGGCAGGUGGAGAAGAUCUCCAAGAACAAGAACGAUGUGGAUUUCUUACAGGAGUACUCCGAGUGGAAGAAAGAAGCCCCGGACAUCUCCCUGCCCGGGGUCUACAUCGGCCUCAUGGAUCGUCUGAACUCCGUCAGCCGUGUGAUCGUGGCCUCCACGCAGGAGCUCUGUGCCAAGAUCGUGACCUCGUACAUAGACAAAGUUAAAGAGACCUGCAACAACGAUCAAAUGGGAAUAAAAACAACGGUUCAUGCGAUAAUCUCAGCGAAAGAAAACAGGUCGAUUCCAGAUCCAAAGCAACGCGCCGACUUCCUCAAGUACGCCGCCCACGUGAGUUUCGAAGCCGUCAGCGCUCACAAGUUCCUGCGCCUGACGGAGGAGAACAGGAAGGUGACCAACACCACGCCCUGGCAGCAUCCGUACCCCGACGCACCUGAGCGCUUCGAGAACUGGCGGCAGGUCCUGGCCACGGAGAGCUUCUACAUGGGCCGCCACUACUUCGAGGUGGACAUCAGCGGCGAGGGGACGCACGUGGGCCUGACCUACAAGAGCAUCGACCGCAAGGGCAGCGAGAGCAACAGCUGCAUCACGGGCAACAACUUCUCCUGGUGUCUGCAGUGGAACGCUAAGACCUUCUCCGCCUGGCACAGCGGCGUGGAGACCCCCCUCAGCGUGGAGAAGUUCACUCGCAUCGGCGUCUACGUGGACUACACACGAGGCCUCCUGGCUUUCUACGGCGUGGAGGACACCAUGACGCUCAUCCACGAGUACAAGGCCAACUUCCUGGAGCCUCUCUACCCGGCCUUCUGGUUGUCGAAGAAGGAGAACAUCGUGGCCCUGGUGGCGCCCGGCGAACCGUUACGGCUCAAGAGCCCGUCUCCACCAACUUCUCCUCUGAGCAGAUCCAUAGCUUCAUGAACCACAGUGGAGCAGCAGCUGGAAACCUGAUUGUCCUCAGUGAGACAAGCAGAGACUGUAAAUAAAGAUGGACGACUCGUCUCCACUGGGGGAAAUCUGAGCUAAAAUAUCUGAGAUACAGGCGCCGCCAUCUUGAAGCGGUGAUGCUGCACACGUUCACCCAAUCAUGACUCAGUGUCAGCUGUCAAUCAUCACGUCUCAGUCCAGUUUUAUUUCAUCAAAUAACUGAUUCAAACCAAACUGAUCAGAUAAGAACUAAAACGACAGAAACUUCUUUGAGGAAUAUUUAUUAAACGUUUACUUUGAUUCUUUAGUUUGGUCCAUGUCUCAUAUGCUAACAUGGAGGAGGCGGGGCUUAUGAUCUAUACUGGUGGUCAUCCAUCUUUAUCACAGUCCACAGACACAUGAGACGGUUGAUACCAAAGAACUGUUUCAUACAUUUUAACGUCAUAACUAUACAAAAACCAGCUGACGGGAACCUUUUUCCUUUUUCAUUUUGUUUACAGAUGAUUAUUUUUGCUGCAAAAUCUUAAUAAUAUGAAAAACUGUUUAUCUCAAGUCCAUUGGGGCUCGUGUCAGGUUGUGUGGGACUACUGUUACUGUUACUGUACUUUUCAUUACACUGUGAAUUCAUAGAUGCUCUUUAUUUUCUGUGAAAUUAAUAAAACUUCAUUUUCCAAGAAAGAGAAA